AUCAUUUCCAUUCAUCAUAUCAUUUUUAAAGUAAAUUUUAAAGUGAUGUCCUCAGUGACCGUCUACGAACAAUCAUCAUCGUCCGCAUCAUCUACUAAAUCGGCUACAAAUACUAUGGAUCCUAUUCAAUCGAUACGAUUAUCAUCAUCAUCGCCACCGUCAUCAUUCAAAUGUUCAUCAUCAACAUCAUCAAUGACAGCAUUUUCCAAUAUUGGUGAUGAUGAUGGCCUCACUAGUUUAAGUUGGCUGCAAAAUCUUAAUAUGUGUAUGACAAGAUUAGGUGCACCAACACCACCUACACCACCAGCAAGUCCUAUAUGUUUUCCAUUGAAUAAUUCUUCACAAACAUCAAUCAUCAACACCACUUGUCAAAAUGGUUUACAACAGCCAACAACAACAACGACGACAACCACACAAAUAACAAAAUCUUCGCCGGUCAAAUUGACUGCAACAACAACAAUAUCGGGCCAUAAAUCGAAAGCAAUCAUAUCUAGUCCUCCCAUACAAGUGAUUAGCCAUAUUGUUGAUAAUAAUCAUGUCAAACAGUCUGAUAAUAAUGACAAAAUUUCAUUCCCAUCCAAUACCACAAACGGAAUCUCAUCCAAUAAAGUGGCCAAAUUGAAUCGAACCAAUAAUCAACAUCAUUCAUCUGCUACCGAAAUUUCGAUAGUUGGGGCCAAACCAGCAACCACUACUAAUAUGAAUAAUAAGAAAAAAUUGAAUAAUCGAAAAUCAAUCACCAAUAAUCAUAAAUUCAGCAAAAAGAACAAUGCCAGCUCCAGUCAUAAUAGCAAUCAUCAACAUCAAUCCAAUACAUCAUUGAAUGGAUCAUGUUAUCAACAUGACCAUCAUCAUGAUAAUCAUGACGAGUGUCAAGAAGAAUCAAUAGUAGUAGAUUAUAAAAUGAACGGCCAGAUUAAACCGCCGUAUUCCUAUGCAACAUUGAUUUGUAUGGCGAUGAAAGCCAAUAAAAACAAAAUGACACUUAGUUCCAUUUAUAAAUGGAUUAAAGAAAAUUUUCUCUACUAUCAAAAUGCCGAUCCGAAUUGGCAGAAUUCUAUACGUCAUAACCUUUCGUUGAAUAAAUGUUUCAUCAAAAUUGCCCGAAACAAAGAUGAACCGGGUAAAGGUGGUUUCUGGAAAUUGGAUCCAAUCUAUGCCGAUAGUCUUGUGGAUGGUGUUUUCAAAAAACGACGUCCAACGCUCAAUUCGAAUCAUAAUAUGAACAAUGCUAUAAGUAAAUCGAGUAACAAGAAUGGUAUUGCACAAGAUAAUGGAUCGAUAGUUGCCAGUGCCAAGAAAAAACGCAAAAAGCGCCAAUCAAGCGGAUCGGCUGCUCGAAUAAAUGGUGGUGGCAGCAAUGGUCACAGCGAACUUUUUUAUAUGGACUAUAUAGAAGCGACAACUUCCUCAGCAGCAGCAGCAAAUCUUCCAAGCCAACGACAGCCAAGAAUUGAACAGGAAACGCCACCGAAUUCGGCGGAAUCAUACAGCCAGCAACAGCACAAAAUGAUGCUAGAUAUGAAUGAAUUGAACACAGCCAUCGACAAUAUCGACGAUAGAAAUAGUGUGUUAUGUUCGGAUACAAAUUAUCCUAGCUAUACAUUUGCAUCGACUGUUGCCAAUCUUGUCGAAUGUGGUAAUAACAACAGUAGCACUAAUACCACCGCUACUAUCGGAUUUAGUAACGAAGUUUGUGUUCAACAUGUACAAGAUAUGAUGGAAAAUGAUUGUUGGAACACUAUAUUGACUGAUGUCGAUCUGUCCGAAUUGGUCGAUCCGAUUACUUAUACUGAUUCGGUUGCUCAAAUUAUUCAUCCAAUCGAAAACGAUUCAAGUUUAGUCAAUUGUAGUCCUAAUCCAGACGCAAACAAUAACAACCGAAUCAUCAGUGUCAAGAAUAAUCUACCUACCAAUGGCAGCGCUCCACUAAGUGAAUUAGACGCUAGCCAUCUGUUGGAUGAAGGCCAUUUUUUCUACGAUCAUCGAAUUCAUGGUUUAGUGUUUAAUGCCAAUGUGCCGGCCAAUGUUCAGAAUCAGAUUAUUUCGGCUAAUUCGAAUGUGGUGACCUGCAUCAACGAUACAAGCGAUCUGAUUGUGUCCGAUCAUUGGGACAAUCAAUGGACAUCGUAUACCACCAACGAUAAUUCCGCUGUUCAAUUAGAAUGUGAUCCAACAACUUCCACCGAAUUGAUACUUGGCCCAUUGGAAGAAAACGAAGCGGUCAAAUUGAACGAAAUUCAAGUACUUUCCACCGCUGCAUCUACGAUGUCUAAACAACAAUCAAAUGAAGCCAACACGUCCGUCGCCGAUUCAUCAUCCAACUCGACAAUCAUGACAAGUGUGGCAGACAAUUUCGAAUCUAGCACCCCGACAAAUUCGAUUCAGAUCUGGGAAUGUGGUAAAGCUUUAAUGCAGGUGGAUACGAAUGCGCUCGAAUUAUUUCAUACACUCGAUGUGGAACAAUUGCAACAGUUUUAAUGAUCAUAAUAAUAAUAAUAAUCGAGGUCCGUCUUUAAACGUGACCUUGUCUGUACAUAGUCACAUCGAUUGCUAAUCCAUCAAGAUAAAUAGA